AUGGGCGGCUCUGCAGCUUCUACUUUCGACAUGCUGAAAUCACGUGCUCUUGAAGUCUUGGGAUUUCCCGAGCUCCCGGCAGACCCCACUGCGGUAGAUCAGGCGUUCAGGCACCUGAGUCUGGGAGUGCAUCCUGACAAGCCAGGAGGGAAUGUGGCAUCGCUCGCGAAGCUGGUGGCUGCGAAAGAUUUGGUGCUGGAGAAGAUCGAAGAGUCACUUCGGCGUGGCGAAGACGAAAUUUCCAAAGCUGCUGGCCGCCUCAAGUGGCUUAACUGUCAGUGCCGUACCUGCGCGCCCCUCAUCCUCAAGUGUGGAGAGAAGCACCAGCUCAAGAUGGCUCCGCUGGCCGCUUUCGACGACAGCGAAUCCGUGGCACAAGGAGCGAAGCAACAAGCACUGGACAUGUUCCAAGCCGAGACUGGUCGCUUACCUGAGGGAAUCAAGUCGGUUUCUGACCAGGCAAACACCAUUGUGCAGCAGGUCCAGGUCCGCAAGGAACAGCUCCCUUACGAUGUCUGCCCUCGCUGUGGAUUUGGUAUUGGUUGGAUGGCGUGCCGUUUUCAUGAAGGGCAUGCCUACAUGUGGUGCAAAGCCGGCCGCAAAAAAUGUCCCUACAAAGAGAGCAAGCCGAUCCAGCCCGCAGCCUCGUCUUCGGCACCUUCUACCCCAGAGCGCAAGCGUGGCUCUGCUUACGUGGAUGCCAUGACUCCGCCAAAGCCCAGUAGUGCUCCUCGGUUGGCCUCGGAGACUCUGACCUACUUGUGA